AUGAAUGCCUCAUUUUUAUAUGACUACAAUCAGUCCUUAGUGGAUGGGGAUUUUUACUGGGAGGAAAAUCUAGAUGGUUUCGGCAUCACGAUGGCCUUUCUCUACCUGGUGGUUUGCGUCAUGGGGCUAGCUGGAAACGCGCUCGUUAUCGUCGCCAUUUUAAAGUUCGACAAGCUGUCCUCUUCAACCACAGUGUACAUUUUCAACCUUGCGCUGGCUGAUGGACUAUUCAUGGUUGGUCUUCCCUUUAUAGCGAGUCAGAACUUCAUGAGCCGCUGGAUGUUUGGAGAUGUGGCGUGCAAAGCGGUCAUGGUGCUGGACGGCAUCAAUCAGUUCACCAGCGUCUUCUGCCUGACGGUGAUGAGCAUCGACCGCUACAUGGCUCUGGUGGAGCCGCUUCGCUUUGCCCGUUGGAGGACCCCACGCUGUGCCAAGAUUGUUUCAUCCCUCCUCUGGCUGUUCUCCCUCCUCACCAUCCUCCCGAUGGCGCUUCACUUCUCGACCGAUCACGGCUUUUGUACGCCGGAUCUAGGCUCCGACGCCCGGUGGCUUGGCGUCCUCUCUUACACCUUUAUUUUGGGUUUCGCUUUACCGUUUACAGUUAUGACAGGUUUCUACGUGGCACUGCUGCUCGCCUUGUGGGGUCAGAAACUCCGAACCUCAGCGGUGAACCUGGAGAGCCAGCAGCUGGAGCAACAGGUCACCAAAAUGGUGGUCGCGGUGGUGGUUGUGUUUGGUUUGUGCUGGCUGCCGUUUUACACCUUCAACUUCUGUUCUCCAUACCAAAACAGCUACGCCGUGAGCUUCUACAGGGCUUUUGAGUUUGUGGUCCUGCUUUCCUACUCAUGGAGCUGCGCGAACCCUAUCUUCUACGCCUGCCUCUCUGACACCUUCAGGAGGCACUUCCGCACCCUACUCUGCCCCAUCACCAAGUCUUCUUCCAGCAUGCAGUGCAUCACUGACCAGCAGAACCUAAAUGACACAGUUGUGUGUGAUGGCACCAUUACCCCAUAA